GAUCUGAUGUCAUGCCCCACUGGCUUAACAUUGGCUCCCACUGUGCUUCCAUGAAUUGGUCGGCUAACUAGGCAGUUAUGCCUGCUAUUCGGCGCCUGCUGCUGCACCGGCAACAAACGCAUCAGCCAACGGGAUCAAGCGAGUGGACAUAGUAUAGGGGGAACCGCCUUUCGUAUCAACAAAAGAGCCCCUUAUGUACAUGCUCAGCCCAACGUCCCGGACACAUUACUCGCUUGAUCGCGGAAGUUGUCUACAUGAACUAUGGUACACUUAACACUUUGUCGGCGGGCUCGCAAGGUUAUCCUUAGUGGAGCCCUUUUGUCAUCGCUAUCCAUUUUUGAUUUAUUGCCUCAAUAUGGACCGGGCGGCCUUAUAAUUCACAAGGAUUAAUGUUGUUGCCAUUUGCAUAAUUGACGCCGAUACCGUAAACAGAAAUGAUGUGAUAUCCGAUACUCCGGUAUCCGGUAGUUUGGCAUACUUUCGCUAUUGGUCAGCCAUACUUAUCGUUACCGGCACAACCUGUCGGCAAAACUUGACCACAGGGAGCAUCAAGUUGUGCUGUGGUUGUGCAUCAGGUUUGCGACGCGGUGCUGUUAUGAUUACAGAACAUUCAGUCACUUGCAACCCCAUCCCAUGCAUACCGUAUGUGGAACGAACAAAACGACCAUUAUUAGCACUUGCUAAUUAGUAAUCCCUAUGGAUAGUCUAAACUCCGGCUGAGUUUAUUUAAGACCACACAGUGUGGAGAUAUCCUGUUACUUCGAUCCACUAUGCUUGCACCAUUCUUCCGUGCAUUCCACUCUCGGAUGUACGGGCUGCAAAGUUAUACACUCCUGGUUCGCAGUUUCUCGUCCAACAUGCACAAUCAUAAAAUAAGAAAGUGAACAAAUUUGCCUGUUGGAAUAUCACCCAUACUUCUAUUUAUGCAUCAAUUCCGUGACAAUUGACUUGGUUAAUUAUAUUUUAUUGUGCAACUGUGGAUUACAUGGCAUUUUGCUGUGGUGCUCCGUUUGUGGUGGACAUGCGUAACCGGCUGGGAUGUGUGCUGUAUGACUGAGAUAUGCGUUAUUCGUUGUGACAAUCGUCGUCCGUAAUUGAUAAAGUGGCGCAGUCUUUUGUAAUGGAAUUCCGUGAUACUGAAUUCACUCAGAGCAUUUGGAAUAACUUAUCAGCCAAUAGCAAUUGUUGUGUUCUCAAAAAUACCGGAAAUACCUCUGACACUGAUAAUUUGGACCUAACCCUUAUUAUUCCACUUGGAGUAUUCUUGGGUGUUUUAUCUCUCAUAACUUUUGUUGGAAACGUAAUGGUGCUCCAUGCAAUUCGAACUGAGAAAAAACUGCAAACGGUCAGCAAUAUCUUUAUUAUGUCGUUGGCGAUUGCGGACUGCAGCGUUGGGUUGUUUGUAAUGCCGAUCAGCGCGGUGUAUGCAUUGCUGGGAUUCUGGCCAUUUGGACUGAUUGUGUGCAACGUGUGGUUAUCGAUGGACUACGUAGCAUCCACAGCCAGCAUCUUCAACUUAUUUGCACUGAGUCUUGAUCGGUUUUGGUCGAUCAUUUCGCCACUAAAAUAUCUCAAGAAACGAACACGCAAGCGGGCCUUUAUUAUGUGCUCAUCGGUGUGGCUGGCAUCCUUCCUCUGGAUUAUCCCCGUUGUUGGUUGGCAUCGCUUCUACAAAGACGGGAGGCGUGAUUUGCCGCUCAAUGCCUGUGAUACAGAAUUUGCCGAUGAAGAAAUCUUCAAAGUUUUAACUGCCACAUUUAAUUUUUAUGUGCCCAUGUUGGCAAUGAUAGCUUUAUAUGGCCGUAUAUUUCACGAAAUCAAAGUCCGCGCCAAAACCUUCGAGGCAGCCGGCAACGCCGUGUCACGUCCAGAUGACGCUCUGACAUCCUCCACGAAGCACAAGCGCCCACUCGCCGACACCGCCAACAACGUACUCCACACACCGGACUACGCCGUCAAUGGCACACUCAAAGCCCCGGCCAACGAAGUGGUCCAGCUCCCGCAGAUCAUCGUGGAGGACGCCGAUGAUUCGCCCAACACGCGGCGGCGUCGUCGCAUCAUUGAGUACGACGGCAUCACCCUGGUGCAUCUGACUGUCAGCACGGAGAACAUUAUGAAGGAACAAUACGAGCAUGUCGAUGUCAGUGUGGAGUUUGACUCGGAGAGUGAUCGAGUGGAGACACUGCAGUUGCCGGAGCGCUCCAUCGAUGACGACUGCAUUUCGCUGUCCGAGUUCAACGAGGAUGAGCUGGACGAGGAACGCGUCGUGCCGGCACCCCGACCGGCGGCGGCCAAGAAGCGCCAUUCCAAGACGCGCUUCCCGCGGCUGAGUAAUCGCCGCAAUUCCUCCCGUAAACCCUCAGUGGCCGAGCCGCUGUCCGGUCGCAGCGAAACGCCGCGACUGAGCGACACGGCGGUGCACAGUCCAUCGUCCCGCAAGCGACUGACCAGUCUGCUGCAGAAACAAACGAAGCCAAAAACCGCCCCGCCCAAAACCAUGCAGCCGACGAAUAAAUUUAAGCGGGAAAAGAAAGCAGCCUUCCAAUUGGGUGUUAUUCUGGGAGCGUUUUGUCUGUGUUUUAUGCCGUAUUUUGUCAGCUUCAUCAUAUCCGCCUUUUGUCCGGGAUGUGUGGAUCAGCGUGUCCAUUUGGCUUUCACAUGGUUGGGAUAUCUAAACAGCACCGUCAAUCCAUUCCUGUAUCCUUGGACUAACGCCAACUUCCGGUCAUCCUUCCGGAAGAUGUUUUGUAUGGAGGAGAAAAAGCCGCCCGUGAUUAAUUAUUUAUUGCACAAAAUGCCGGCUGUGCUGCCAUCGUAUCGGCGGCCGUUGAAUGCCAAGAAGCAGGACGGCCAUGAGACUGUCCCGGUACAGGCAGCUGGGCGCAACUGCAAUCGGAGAAAGAGUGACAUCGGAAUAUAAACUGUUUAUUUUGUGCCUUUUUGAGCUUGACCACUGUUCCAGUUAAAUUCAAACUAAAUUAAGACUGCUUGGAUUUAAAAACUGCGGCUAGUUACAGACCGGUACCGACCAUGAAAUGGUCGCUGCAAUGUGAAUUGAAUCAGAUUUUUAUCCACGCACUUCUCGCACGUCUUGAGUCAGUAUUCCUUUUCCGUGGCCGUGAUCGAUGUCGUCGGUAUUAAUAAACU